UCUAGUUUAAAAGAAAAGGGAAAAUGCCCCUAUUUCGUCAAUGAACAUUGGACAAGGCUUAAAACAAUUCCAAAUCCCAGUUCAUGUCUAGUAUAAGCGGCGAAAAAAAGUAAACUUGAAUCAGAGAAGUCAAUGACAGUAGCUGCAGGGAUUGGGUACGCGUUGGUGGCGUUAGGGCCGUCUCUCGCCCUUUUCGUCUCCGUUAUCUCCAAAAAGCCUUUCUUGAUCCUCACUCUUCUCUCCAGUACUUUGGUUUGGCUUAUAAGUUUGAUAAUAUUAUCUGGAAUAUGGAGAGCUUUCCUCCCUUUGAACUCAGCAACAUGGUGGCCUUUUGCAAUUCUUUUAUUCACAUCCGUUGCCUUUCAAGAAGGCCUUCGCCUUCUUUUCUGGAAAGUUUACAAGAGGUUAGAAGACAUAAUGGAUGCUUUUGCUGAUAGGGUCUCAAAACCACGACUAUAUCUGACAGAUAAGAUGCAAAUUGCUCUAGCUGGCGGGUUAGGUCAUGGUGUGGCACAUGCAGUAUUCUUCUGUCUUAGCCUCUUAACACCUGCAUUUGGUCCAGCAACCUAUUUUGUCGAUAGGUGUUCACAGAUACCAUUUUUCCUUGUUUCUGCAAUCAUUGCUCUUGCAUUUGUGAUGGUUCAUACUUUCUCAAUGGUUAUAGCAUUUAAUAGUUAUGCUGAAGGGAAUAAAGUGGAUCAACUUUUUGUUCCCGUAGUUCAUCUCGCUGCUGGAAUGAUGACCUUGAUAAACUUUGCGUCUGGCGGCUGCAUUGUUGGGAUUCCUCUUCUCUACUUGAUGGCAAUCUUGACCUUGAUGCAUUGUGGGAGGAUGGUUUCGAGAAGAUUAACUGAAAACCAUAGGCAGGGUAGUUCAUAACAACCACUAACUUUUGCGGUUUCUCCCUUUGUUUAGAUGCAUCUGCAUAGCUCCUACGAUGCAGGUGGUAGUCAUCUAAGUGCAAGAAAAGGCUUCUUUUCGAAUGAAGUAAGUUUGCAACAACUAAGACCCUUCUUUGAAACCCGUGUCUAGUGGCGUAUCAUGUAAGUACUUGUUUGUGUUUGCGAGGCCUCAUGAAAUCUUAUAGUUUGGUAUCUUCUUGCAUUUUAUAUGGCAAGACAACAUUGACUAGUUCCUUCAACAUGUCUGCAUGUAUUUACUUUGCCUGGUUCAACGGAUGAUUAUAGUUUGGUCUAUCCUACUUGAGAUUGGUAUAUUGGUAUUUUCCUUUUUUUUGCACUUGUAACCACAUGAAUUUGUUUCUAUUUUCAAUUUGAUCGUAUUGUGAAACCAUGGAUUGUGUUGUUUCUUCUAUUAGUAGCUGAAUCUGUUGGCCUCUUACUGAUCGUUAAUGCUUCAAUAGAGUUGAACUCAUCACUGUACUUUUAUUUUAGACUAAUUUUUUGGACAAUAAUUAAUGAAUAGUUAUGUCACCUUUAUUUCCAGUAUUUUU